CUUACCAAACAUAUAUACAUCAAAGCUUAAGACUCUUCUCUUGUUCUCUCCAAUGGAAUCAAAGAAGAAGCAAGUCCCGUUUGAGUUACUUCCAUGGUUAGUUGUUCAUAGCGAUGGGAAGUUAGAGAGACUAGGUGGAACUGAAGUUUGUCCUCCCGGUUUAGAUCAAGAAACUGGUGUUUUGUCUAAAGAUAUCAUCAUUGAUUCCAUAACCGGUUUAUCUGCUCGAAUCUAUCGACCUGAGUCGGUUCAACCCGGUCAGAAGCUUCCUCUUGUGCUUUAUUUCCAUGGUGGUGCGUUUCUCAUCGCUUCUGCUUCGUUUCCUUGUUACCAUACAAGUGUUAACAAACUCGUCGCUGAAGCUAAUGUCAUCGCUGUCUCUGUCAGUUACAGACUAGCACCAGAACAUCCACUUCCUAUAGCGUACGAAGACUCAUGGACCGCGUUAAAGACAAUUCAAACCAUGAACGAGCCGUGGAUCAAUGACUAUGCCGACUUCAACCGUUUAUUCCUAAUCGGCGACAGCGCGGGAGCUAAUAUCUCGCACCACCUCGCAUUCCGAGCCAAACAAUCCGAUGAGACCGCGAAAAUCAAAGGCAUUGGAAUGAUCAAUCCAUAUUUUUGGGGGACACAACCUAUUGAAUCAGAGAUCAAUGACAAAGGGAGGAAACAAAUGGUGGACGGAUGGUGGGAUUUCGUGUGUACAUCCGAGAAAGGAUCCGAUGACCCGUGGAUCAACCCGUUUACGGAUGAAUCCCCGGGUCUUGAAGGAUUAGGGUGUGAGAGAGUGAUGAUUGUUGUGGCAGAGAAAGAUAUAUUGAAGGAGAGAGGGAAGUUGUAUUAUGAAACAUUGGUGAAGAGUGAAUGGAGAGGUAAGGUUGAGAUGAUGGAGACAAAAGGGAAAGAUCAUGUUUUUCAUAUCUUCGAACCUGAUUGUGAUGAAGCUACGGAGUUGGUACGACGCUUGGCUCUCUUUAUAAACCAAUUGGUAGCUUAACACUAUUAGUUAUGAGGUUUGUAUAAUCUUUACAUCUUUGUUAAUGUUGUAUUUGGGAACCUUUUUAAUGCAAUUUAUGCUGUAUUUACAAGAUAAAUUAAAUUGAACCUUUCAUUUUUCUCA